AUGUCAAGUGAGGAGCGUUCAAGACAACCAAGCACCGUUUCGGCAUUUGAUUUGGAACCAAAUCCUUUUGAACAAAGCUUUGCUUCUUCCAAAAAGGCGUCACUCCCAGGCGUAGCCCCUCAUCCAUUUCAACCAAAGAGCCCUUCGAGAAGCGGUUCCAUAUCGACGUUAGCGCAAAAUCCUCAUCGUUCCACGCGUAGUUUGGACAGCAUACCGGAGGGGAACGGGAACCGAAUUAUUCCAAGUAAUGGUAAUACAAAUGAGGCGAAAAAAGACUCGCCAAAUUUUUUACCGAGCCAACAGAGACCUACCAUAAUAUCACCACCUAUACUUACUCCAGGCGGGUCCAAAAAAUUGCCACCGCUACUUCUCUCUCCCUCUAUUCUGUAUCAGGCAAACUCAACGUCAAACCCAAUUCCAAACUCACAUUCAGCCUCAACUUCGAAUUCGAAUCCCAGUGCCUUUAGCGCUUCUUCUGCUUCUGGAUCCAUGUACCCGAACAGCUCAUCUCCUUCAGGCUCUUCAUUAAUACACCAACCUCGAAACCAUAAUGCUACAGCCAGCACUACCAGUAACGGCUUCCCUACGAAUGAUUCACAAAUGCCCGGUUUCUUGUUAAACUUAUCCAAAUCCGGAUUAACACCUAAUGAAUCUAACAUAAGGACUGGGUUGACACCUGGUAUCCUCACACAAUCAUACAACUAUCCCGUCCUCCCUUCAAUCAACAAAAAUACUGUUACAAAUGGUAAAACUACCAACAAAAGUAUCACUGCCAAUGGGAAUACUGAAAACCACGCUCACAUUAAUAUAAUGCAUCCAACUGUAAAUGGUACACCAAUCACACCAGGACUGAGUUCUUUGUUAAAUCUACCAUCUGCUGGCAUUUUGACGAAUCCAAUAUUCAAAUCGACACCAUCGACAAUUAUUACAGAUGCGACCGCUAAUACCAAUGCCGGAAAUAGCAACAUCUCCCCAAACACAUCGAAAGCCGCGGUGAAAAUGGAUAAUCCAGCAGUAAUCAACGGCAUCGAGCAGCCUACCCUUAAUCACAACGAAAAUGAACAUUCGACAACUCAACUUGAGAAUAAUGAUCCAUUAUUUACUACAAAGACACGAAAAAGGAAAAGAAGAAUGUCUAGCAUGAGUCCAACUUCCAAAGUCCCGAGAAAGAGCUCUGUAUCGAGAAAGAGCUCUACCGUUACGGCUUUGACAGCGCCAAAAGACGGUGUCGAUAGUAACGAAAAUUCAAACAAUGUAAUAAUUGAUGAGACAGAAGAACAAGAAAAGAAAAGAAAGGAAUUUUUGGAAAGGAAUAGAGUAGCUGCAUCCAAAUUCAGGAAAAGGAAGAAGGAAUAUAUCAAAAAAAUCGAAAGUGAUAUACAGUUUUAUGAAUCGGAAUAUGAUGAUCUCACCCAUGCUGUUGGGAAAUUUUGCGGGAUAGUACCUUCAAGUGCUUCAAGUUCUCAAUUUAGUAUGAAUAUGUCCACCCCAUCGUCUUCAUCAUCGCCAACAUCUACAUCUUUAUUAGCACUGCUAGAAAAUAGCAUUUCAAGAAAUGACUUUUCAAGUGCCAUGUCAAUAUUAUCAAACAUGAAACAAGUUAUAUACGAAACUAAUUUUUACCAAAGAGGGGGCAAAAAUCCAAGAGACGACAUGGAAGAUCAAGAUGAUCAGAGCAGCUUCAAUAAGGACAUUACUACUGUUAAGAAUGAAAACGCAGGAUAUCCCUCCAUUAACUCAAGACCGAUAAUCUUGGACAAAAAAUACCCGCUGAACUCUGUACCAAAUAUCAGCAAAAGCAACACAAUCAUCAACAAUGCGGGACAGACUACACAGACUGCGCAGAGUAUAAUCAAUUCAUGUUAUUCAGUUCCUAAUACAUUGGUAAUAAAUGCAAACCCUGAUACUCAUGAUGCUAAUAAUGGCCAUGAUGUAUUAUCCACACUACCUCACAAUAAUUGA